AUGCACGGAAAGUUCGUCAAGAUGCCUGUCGCCGACUUCCUGGAGAACUUCGUCCCAAAAGCUCCUUCAAAUACCCCGAAAACAAGAUUCACUCGAAUACCAAGGGCAGACUCUAUUGAGAAGAAGAUGCAGGUGGCUUUCGCAAAGAACGUGAACGGCAAGCAUAUGUGCCCUGGAUAUUGCAUUGUCGAAAUGGAGCACAGAUACGACGAGUAUGACUCUACAAGUCAGACGGCCGACGUAGCCCUCUAUAGCGCAAGUGAAUGUCCGACGGACAAUCGGCCAAACUGGAAUGUACAGCGACUGCAUUUCGAGUUCAAAAGACAAUACAACCAGGACGAUCCUUUCGAUGAUAGUUCGGACGACUUUGAAGACGUGCCGAGCGACCGCCUCGAUAAACGAGGCGAAUGUAUUCAGAAUGCAGCCACGCUGUUCGAACGCCAGCAACGCUGCUUCUGUUUCACUGUUAUGAUACUUGGUCGUUGGGCACGCCUGUGCCGAUGGGACAGAUCAGGCGCAGUCAUUUCUGAGAAGUUCGACUACAUCAAGGAACGUUACCUGGUCGAAUUUUUGUGGCGGUUCGCUCAUCUCUCUCCAGUGCAACAAGGCGACGAUCCGACGGCGAUACCGAUUCCGAAGAACUCUGGUGAUGCCAAUCUCAUGCGGGAGAAGGCGAAACCGAGAGACGAGAAUUGUGGCCACAUCCGGGAAUACUUCAGGAACUCGCUCGACGAGUCCUGGACGUGGUGGAGGCUGAAGAUUGACGUUCACGUUGGUGGCGCGGAUUCUACUGCGCACGAAGUAAAGGGUGAGUACCUGGUUGGAAGACCGCGUUUCUAUACGAUUAACAUGGCGGGUCGCGGAACUCGCGGUUACGUCGCUGUCGACUGCGAGACCGGGAACUUCGUAUGGCUGAAGGACGCGUGGCGAAUGGAUCAUGCAGGUAUCGAGAAGGAAGGCGACAUUCUUCAGAGACUGAACGAACUGGAGAUUGGGAACAUUCCUACAAUGCUUCAGCAUGGCGACAUCCUUCAACAGCAUACACUUACACAGGAUCAUUGGCAUGUUCCUACAUCAAAUCCAAUGAAAACAAAUGUGCUCAAACUGCACACUCAUUAUCGUCUUGUGGAGAAGGAAGUCUGUCGACCUAUGCGAGAUUUUAAGCAUGGCCAAGAGCUUACCAGGCUUGUCUGGGAUUCCCACAGAGACGUGAUGAAACUCGCGGGCAUCAUCCAUCGCGAUAUCAGUAGCGGAAAUCUAUUGAUCAACGAAUACGAAAUCGAGGCCUCUAACGGCGGAAAGAGGAUUGCUAGAGAUGGUAUCCUGGCUGACUGGGAGUUGUCUAAAGCACUUCCCGACGGCUCAGAAGAGAGUGAUGGUCCACGACAACCUUAUCGUGCGGGAACGUGGCAGUUUUUGUCAGUGCGUACACUGAACAAUCCAUUUCGCACGAUCACGGUUGAAGACGAGCUCGAAUCGUUCUUCCACGUGCUCCUCUACUUUGGCGUUCGUUACUUGCGGCACAACAUUCUCGACGUCGAUGUAUUCAUAUCCAAGUAUUUCGAUGAUGGUUACCCUAUUGGCGAUGAUUGGGUCUGUGGAGACAGAAAGUGGGCGGCGAUAAACAGUGGGAUCAUCAAGGAUUGUGAACGAAAGCUCAAGUUCGAAUUCAGCGAGAACAAGCACGACAGUAGAAGGCAUCCACUCACUGGCAUCAUCGUGGAGCUCCUCAAGUCAUUCAAGUCUUACUACGCUGUGGGGGAUUCCGAUACACAUUCAGCUGACGUCCCUCUAUCUGAUGAUGAAGCCGGACAGGAAAGUGACGAUUCAGCAUUCACAGGAACGCGAGCGCUCGAAGUUAACGUGGAUCUCUCCUCCAUGCGGACAAACCGCCAGAAGGAGAUGCAAUUGAAAGCCGAAUUUGACAGAGAACAAGCAAAGCUUUUGAGAUCCCACGAACCGACACUGGCCAUCUUGGUGCUGGUUCUGAAGAACGAGAUCUGGCCAGUUGAUGACAAGAUUGGUGACCAGUUGCACCCAGAUUUCCAGACGAUGAAAGCGCAAAAGGAGAAAGGUCACUUGAAACGCCCUGUGGAUGCAGAGCAAUCGGCCGCCGGUCCGAGCGGGAGUAAACGGUCGAGGAUCCAAUAG